AUGGCGGCCAAAUCAAGUGGUGCCGCGGCGGAGGUGACCAAGCUCGGCCUGAAGAUGGGAUCGGCCACGGUGGAUUCGAUCACAUUCAUGGCGGAAUUGGGCGAGGACCUUCCUUUUGGUGAACCCGUGCUUCCUCAUCUCAGACCCGUGUUGAAGACGCUCACGGCUAUCCGUGAGACGGUGGAGAACGUGCAGAACAAUCAGGAGGAGCUCCAGACUUUGUAUCGGAGGUGCGUGUACUUGACCGCAUGCGUGGUCGUGAAAAGUAGACAGAGCUCUUGCUCGGAGAUGGAUCUGACCCCUGUCGAGGAGUGCCUGGAAGCAGCGGGGGAACUGGUGGAGCGGUGUGGUGGGCGAGGCAAGAUGACAAGGGUGCUAAAUGCCUCCAGCGACAAGGAGGAGAUCGCCCGCAUGAAGGCAAACAUCAGAGAUCUGGAGGCCGACUUGAGCCUGGCGGGUGUCGCCAUCCUGGAGGGGAAGACCAGCGAUUUGACGGCGAUGGUGGAGCGCAUGGGCACGAAUCAAGCAGCAACUCAAGAAAUGAUCCUGGCAAAUACGGAAAGCAUUAUUGACCGGCUAUCCAAGACACCGGCCAAGCUGGCCAAAAUUCCCAAGGCGACGCCGAUUCGCAAGAGUUGGCAUGUUGAACGCCUCUAUGUCAUGGAAAGGGUGUUCGAGGCGCUCACUGCCGUUGGGGGACCGCACUUGGUGGGGCUAGUCGGCGACAGCGGGUCGGGCAAGACCACGGCCGCGUCCGAGAUCGUCAGGAGUAACGAGGUGCGGCAGGCUUUCUCCGAUGGUGUCGUGUGGUUGACGGUAAAUCAUGGUGCAAAGGAUCGUCUCCCGUCCUUGAUGCUGCAGCUGGCCCAUAUGAUGUGUGAAGAAGUCGGCGGUCGUCGUCCAGCCACAUCGGAUGAUGGUGCGGCCUACAUCAAGGAGAAAAUGCAGCGCGGCCACGGGGGCAAAGGAUUGAAAUGCCUCGUAGUGGCAGACAACGUGUGGGAGAAGGAGGUAGUCUGGAAGCUGUUGGAGACGGGCAUGUGGGUUCUUCUAUCGACCCGCGACGAAGAGCUGGUGGUAGGCUCGGAGGGGGAGGUUGUCGGAGUGGACGAGAUGUCCGAGGUAGAAGCGGAGUCGGUGCUGAGGAAGGCAUCGGAACUUCCUCCCGAGACGCGCUUGCCCGAUGACGCCGUUGACCUGAUCGAGCUGUGUGGGCGCGUGGCGAUGGACCUGGCAUUCGUUGGUCGUUGGAGCACCGUUCGAGGCAGGUCAGACCGGACGGCUUGGUCGGAUGCUGCCGGCAAGGUGAGGGCAGAGAUGGGCAAGAUUGAGGGCGAGCGCGUGAGCGGUACGGUGGUGGAGACUCGCGAUGCACGGCGGAAGGCCGUUCUCCAGGCUGGGUUUGAGGAUCUCGCCAGUGGAUCAGACGACGAGCGCGUGCAGCGGCUGUACCUAUCUCUUGCAGUAUUGCCGGACGGCCGUGGGUUUACGGUGAAGGACGCGGCCGUGUUGCUCUACGAUCGAAAGCCUAGCGCCGAGGACGAGGCAUCUGCUGCAGGGGUGGUGGAGAUUCUGGAACGCUGGUCCGUCCUGCGCUCUAUAAGGGGAUGUUACCGAAUGGCUUGGAGAGGGGGCCACUAUGUUUUGCACGACGCCCACUCGGACUUCGCGAGGGAGAAACUCAUGGACCGUGGGGACGUGCGCCGACCUGCAUUGGUGAGGUGGACAAGGAAUAUCUCGUCUCUGGAUACUCUCCGGUCUGUGCGCUGGCAUGAUGUAAGAGAUCUGUGGUUGGGCGUGGAGCAGGUGGGUGGCGACGGGUGGAAAAGCACCCGUCCGUACGAGGCGGCUCUGGCCGGGAUGGAAGAUUCGGAUCCCCUCCUCCCAACGUCCGUGGUGGCCGUGGCAAAAUUUCAACGUCACGAGGAAGAUUGGGAGGAAGCAAUUGCCACGUGCCGCAGGCUACUCGAUAUGCCGGUGACCAAGGUGGGCCCAUACUCUCUGUCGGUGAUCCGCUCACUGCACGAGCUCGGUCUAGGCUACAAGCACGCUGGGCGUCUUGAAGAAGCGGAGGAGGUAUUGAGAGGAUGCCUGGUGAUCGGGGAGACCUUGCUUGGCUUAACGCAUGUGACCGUGGCUAGAACGUUGGACUAUCUAAGUGGAUGCGUUCGACAAGCAGGGCAUUUCGAGGAGGCCGAGGGGUUGUUGAGACGCUGUUUGGCAACGAGGGAGGCAAAGCUAGGUCCUUGUAAUUUUCGGACGGCCAGCACAGUGAAGCAGCUGAGCAGUUGGCUCCAGGAGGAAGGGAGGCUGGAGGAGACGCAGGAGUUGUUGGCGCGCCGUUUGGAGAUUGUGGAGGCCAGCACGGGCCCAGAGCAUGAACAUGUGGCCGACGUGCUGUUCGAUCUGGGGAGGUGCAUGCGACAGGCAGGGCGUAUGGACAAGGCAGAGGGUUUGCUAAGGCGUUGCCUCAAGAUCCAUGAGGCCAGAUUUGGCCCAGAACAUUGGUUGGUGACCAACACGCUAAGGUGGCUAGGCGCGUGCGUGCGAGACGCAGGACGAGUGCGGGAGGCGGAGGAGUUAUUGAGGCACUGUGUGGAGAUCGACGAAGCUCAACUGGGUCCAAAGCAUCUCGAGGUGGCAAGCACGCUGCUGGAGUUGGGUGAUUGCCUUCGACGGGCGGGGCAGCUGAUGGAGGCGGAGGGGUUGCUGAGGCGCUCUUUGGGGAUCGCGGAAGCGAACACCGACCCAAGGGGCUCGAAAGUAACCUACACGCUGUACCGACUGGGCCAAUGCGUUCAAGAAGCAGGCCGGCUGGGAGAGGCGGAAGAUAUCUUGAGGCGAUGUUUGGAGAUCGAGGAGGCCAGGCCUGGUCCAGAGAAUAUGGAGGUCGCCGACACACUGCACUGGCUUGGUGUUUGCGUGCGUGGGGAAGGGCGGCUGGAGGAAGCGACGGAGUUGUUCCGGCAUUGUCUGGAGGUACAGCAGCGAGCUAAACGAUGGUCGAGGCAUGAUCAUGUUACGAAAGCCUGCACGCUUCAAGAGCUCGAUCUAUGCGACCAGGAGGCAACACGAGUGGCGGAGGCAGAGGAUUUGUCAGGCACAUGCCUUACGGAGUAAUGUAGUAGUUUUCGCAGAGGCAUGUGCGCUGAGAUCGUAUUUUUACAUUGCACCAACUUUGGUUGAGCGCCGUUGUAGUUCUGCACCAAGGCAAGGUAAAUAUGUCUGGAUACGAUGGUCCCUUUGAAUGGCGCCUGUGCGUCGGCUUCCUUGAAGGCGGGAUGGUCUUUCGCGCAUUUUCAACAUUGUUGCACCGGGUGACGAACAGGUCCUUGAGCACACCGCCUACAGCAGGUACGACGGUACCGGGAUCGCAAUCUUAGGUGCCGAUUUCCAUGCUUGUACCGUGCAGGCGAAGGUAGCGAACCCGCUUCGCACUUCACUUACCAUAAAUAGAUGGCACUUCGCUUCAGAUAGAUGACACUUCGCUUUAGACAGAUCAACUACCGCUUUACGAGGGAAAGAGCCUCUGGCUGCCCUCGGGAAUCGAUGGAUAAAAAAGUGUG